ACGCCUCUCCGGCGGGAGGAGAGAACGCGUGGGUCCGAGUGGCUGCUCCGGCCCUUCCGCCUCCAGCUCGGCCAUGGGGUCGCGCAGCUCCCACGCCGCGGUCAUUCCCGACGGGGACAGUAUUCGGCGAGAGACCGGCUUCUCCCAAGCCAGCCUGCUCCGCCUGCACCACCGGUUCCGGGCACUGGACAGGAAUAAGAAGGGCUACCUGAGCCGCAUGGAUCUCCAGCAGAUAGGGGCGCUCGCCGUGAACCCCCUGGGAGACCGAAUUAUAGAAAGCUUCUUCCCCGAUGGGAGCCAGCGAGUGGAUUUCCCAGGCUUUGUCAGGGUCUUGGCUCAUUUUCGCCCUGUAGAAGAUGAGGACACAGAAACCCAAGACCCCAAGAAACCUGAACCUCUCAACAGCAGAAGGAACAAACUUCACUAUGCAUUUCAGCUCUAUGACCUGGAUCGCGAUGGGAAGAUCUCCAGGCAUGAGAUGCUGCAGGUUCUCCGUCUGAUGGUUGGGGUACAGGUGACAGAAGAGCAGCUGGAGAACAUCGCUGACCGCACAGUGCAGGAGGCUGAUGAAGAUGGGGAUGGGGCUGUGUCCUUCGUGGAGUUCACCAAGUCCUUAGAGAAGAUGGACGUUGAGCAAAAAAUGAGCAUCCGGAUCCUGAAGUGACUCCGUUUGUGCCUUGGGCUUGCUCCUGCAACCAGUAUCUCCUUGGAAUUCAUCCAAAGCCCCCAUGGACGCAUGGACACAGGACGCCAAUAAACUGUAUUCUCGUUUCUAACUCUAUUUAGGGCCAAGGGAAGAAAGCUGGAAGGAUGUGUACUAAAGUCUAGCUCAGCAGUCCCCAACCUUUUUGGCAUCAGGGACAGUUUUUCCAUGGAUGGGUGACAGGGGAUGGUUUUGGGAUGAUUCAAGUGCAUUACAUUUAUUGUGCACUUUAUUUCUAUUAUGAUUACAUUGUAAUAUAUAAUGAAAUAAUUAUACAACUCACCAUAAUGUAGAAUCAGCAGGAGCCCUGAGCUUGUUUUCCUGCAACUAGACGGUCCCAUCUGGGAGUGAUGGGAGACAGUGACAGAUCAUCAGGCAUUAGAUUCUCAUAAGGAGUGCACAACCUAGAUCGCUUGGGUGUGCAGUUCACAGUAGGAUUUGGGCUCCUAUGAUAAUCUAAUGCCACUGCUGAUCUGACAGGAAGUAGAGCUCAGGUGGUAAUGCAAGCAAUGGGGAGUGGCUGUAAAUAUAGAUGAAGCUUCAGCUCGCCUGCUGCUCACCUUGUGCUGUGCAGCCCGGUUCCUAACAGACCACAGACCCGACACCAGGUCUAGCUCAUUUGGUCUCAGAGCUGUGAAUCAGCCAGCAAUCUUUUGGUUGGAAAUCACUGAAAACCCAACUCAAAGUGACUUAAGUCAGAAAGAAAUUUUAUGAAUUCAUGUAAUUAAAAAGUCCGGAAGUAUCUGCCUUUAGGCACAGCUGGAUCCAAGGGCACAAAUGAUGUCAUCAGGCCCCAGUUAUUCUCCAUCUCCCAGCUCAGCUUUUUCUGUCUGUAAGCCUGAUUUUCAGGAAGGCUCUUUCCUAGUGAUGGAGAUGACCACCAUCAGCUCCAGGCUUCUAUCCUGCUAACCCAGUAACCCAGUGGGAAGAGAUUUACUUAUUCCAAUAAUUCCAAGUGGAGAGUGUCAUUGACCCAUUUGGGGUCUCAUCUCUACUUCUAGGGGAAUGAAACACUCUGAGUGGCUAGGCCUGUGUCAUGUGCUAAUUCCUAGAGCCAGGGAAAUAAGGUCUGAGGAUUCAGGAUGGGGUGAAAGGUGGUUGCUUAAAGGAAAAUGAAAUACAAUUAGCAGAAUAAGGGGAAAUGAGUGGUCUGCUCUGCUCGGGCAAAACAAGAGAUGCCCAUUCCUGUGAGGGACCCUUGAAGUCUGGACUCUUAAAUGGGUUUUUGCUGAUUUCCUGGGUGCAUGCUAGGAUGAUGGGGCUUGAGGCGGUAGGGAAGAGACGAUGUAAAAAUAAUAAACAAUAUAUACCUUC